GAACACGUAGUAGGUGCGCGAAAUAAGAUUGAGCAAAAAGCUUGUGAGUCCGCGGCGAGCGUCAAACACGCCUCGACCACGGGCCAGUGCGCGCGUUUGUAACACAACUUAUGUUAUUGUUUUUUUAUGAAAUAAAUCGAGGCAAAGGCGAGAUGUCACAAAAACUGGUGAUUACGUUGAUGUUGACGUGCGCGGCGCUAGAGGUCGCCACCAUGCCGGCGAGCGUACCUUCAGCGCAGACCACAAGGGAAGAAACGACAAACAAAUCUGAAGAUAAUAACGAAAUAUCUUUGUCGCACUCCGAAAAUACCACGAAUUCUGAUACUAAUAAAAUUCUUAAGCAAAUCGAAACUAUCAAUCAAGGUCUGAGCGAACCGGGUAAGCAAAAUGUAGUCUCGAGCAGACGAGCACAAACUGGAGCUGAAUACAUCAUUGAUGAAGGAACAUUUGAUAAAAUACAACAAAUCGUGGCAUCCAUCAAGGCUCGCCCGUUCUCGCAACAACAUCAACUUGACAAGUACAUAGAUAAUGUUGACGAUAUAAGCCAAAGUCUUGAAAGAUCAAAAGCAUUACGAUUUGAUUCAAAUUCCAUCAAUAAUGAUAUCUUGCCCGCGAUGCCUUUACCUUACAUCACUAGUAUGCCUGUUAUGGUUGUCCCCGCUACGACUGAUUUAAUUAAUACAAAGAGUGCAGUGAACUCAUUGCGACCGAACAUUUAUCAAACAAGACAAGAAUCACCAUCAUUCCCAUUUCAAUUUCAAUGGCCGCUCGCCUCAUUUUUUCCAAUAUUAGUUAAAGAUCCUCUCCUUGGAUUUUUGCACGGCGGAGGAUGGAACAAUUUUUUUGAAAUCGGACAAAGCGCCGACGUCUGUAGUCGACGACAGAAGUCACACGAAACAAAUUACAUCGAAAGUGACAUUUUUGGCGACAAUCUUGAAAACAGAUCAAAUGAUGAUCCUCCACUUGUAUCAAACAUAAAACGUCAUGCAAGGGUAACUCGUUCUCUUAAAAAACGAAAUAUUCCCACGCCGAGUCCCGUACAAAAUGCAGACAAUGGAAAGAAAUCGAAAAAAGUUUCUAUAAAGCCGCUCCUAACACGAACCAAAACAAAGAAGCCGCAAGUGGAGCAGGAGAAGGAAGUGGUUCAAAACGAUGGAGACUUGCGCUUUCCCUUCAGCGAUUUUACUUGGUUCGGUAACAAAAAACCUGUUGCUCCUAGCCCAGGUUUCUUUAUUAACAAAAUGAAAGUGAGAAGGGGCGGUGUAGCCAUUGCCGGGCCGGGUGGCGUGGCAACGGCAGGGCGAGGCGGCACCGCCAUCGUCGGCCCGGGCGGACUGGCCUACACGCAGCCCGGGGGCCUCGCCGUCGCUGGGCCCGCUGCACGCGUCAUCGCUUUAUCACCGUACACCGACCUAACAUCACUCGUAUCACGCCUUCAUCAACAAUCCCUAGAUGGAUCGAUGCCGAGAUCAUUUAACCCAUUGUCAGAAGGAAGACUUGUGGCUACCGGUCCUGUUAUUUAUUAUCAUCCGUAUGAGGAGAGAUGAUUUUAGUCUUUGUUAAU